AGAGUGGUGUUUACCUCGGUGCAAUUUUUGUCAGAUUGUUCAUUAUGUCUGCAGCGAGUGGUCUUACCUACUUCGAGCAACAUUUUCUUUUUUCGAACAAAUUGUUUCAAUAUACUAUGGGUUUGAGACCUUAUCAAAAUUCGAGAGAUCUCUUGUUUCAUGUGUGUAUAAUAACUGUUUAUUUAUUUCCAGGAAUAGCACACCAAUUUUAUCAGCUCGCCAUUUCAGAAGUCCCUCUAGCAACAACUAUCAAAGUACUGCAGUAUAUGUUCGCAGCUAUAUGUUUUCUAUAUACUUACUCUAAUUAUUACUUUAAAUAUGUACAAAUAAAAGCAAUUGUUUCUCAUAUUAAGUUUGAUUAUGAGCAUAUGUCUAAUAAAUAUGAUUUCGAUAUUACGGAAAGAUAUAUUAAAGAGAGCAAACUACAUACGUUUUCAAUCAUGGUUAUCUUCAACGUGUAUUUUCUUGCAACAAUAACUCCCUGCUUUUUAAGUAUUUUUUCAUAUCAAUUGGGUACAUUGGAAAAUGUUAAUUUAACUUUACCUAUUCCUAUUAAUAAUGUUUUAAACCUUGGGCCGGUAUAUUACAGUUUACUUAUUUACCAAGCAACAGAAAUCUAUAUAUCAAUAUCUGUAGCAAUUAUUUGUUUUUCAACAUAUUUGGUAUUCAUAAAUCACGCAUGUUGUCAAUUAAGUGUUAUAAGAUUCAAAAUUGGCCAUCCUUUUAAGAGACGCCAGAAGUUUAUUCAAAUUAGGAAUGAUUUUGAUUGGAUAGUCGAUGUAAUAAAGCGUCAUGAAAGGAUCAUGAGUGAUUGGAAUUGAGACUAAGAGAUAUGUUUUAAAGUUACGCCAAACGAAUUACAUUGUUCGAUCGGAAUAAUACUUUACCAUCAUUUGGCCUUAUUUAUUCAGAUAUUCAGAUGAAUGGAAUUUUUGUGCUGAAAUAAGAUUGAAUAGUUUUGUCAGUUCAUCAUGUCAGAUGUCAUCCUGGAAUCAACUGUCGAAAUUUUGCAGAUUGUGUUAUCGUACUACAUACUUUAAAUUCCUACAAAUAAAAUUAAUUGUUUCCCGCUUUAAGUUUGAUUCCGAACAGCUUACCAAUAAAGAUGAAUUUGAAAUUAUCAAUGGAUAUAUUAAAG